AACUGUAUCACUCUUCUGAACAUUAAGUAGGUUGCCGGGUAAAACAUUUCAGGAGGACGUAAAGCUAGAAUUGUUCAUGAACCCUAAAGAAGCAGACUGUCGUUGGGGCCGGAACAACAUCUGUGGGUAACUUGUAAACACUCCAUCAGUUUCUUCAGGAAAAGGAGGUGAAUUGAAUAUUGCGAACAAUCCCGGAUUACUGCACUCGUCACGAUCUUCUGUUAUAAUUUAUCUAAUUCAAUUCGAAGGCGCUUUUGAGUAUUUGAUUUGGUGACUCUUACUCCUCACUCUCUUUCCUCUCCGAUGGAUUUCCAAGUAGUCGUCCUCGCCGGUGGAACGUCGAAGAACCUCGUCCCUCUCGUCUCUAAGGAGGUGCCCAAAGCUCUGCUUCCGGUGGCAAACCGUCCGGUUCUCUCUUAUACUCUGGAGCAAUUGGAGCUCAGUAAUCUCAAGGAUCUCAUUGUGGUUGUUGAAGGGGAGGAUGCAGCUCUGCCUGUUGGUGGCUGGAUAUCGGGGGCUUACAUUGAUCGUUUACAUGUUGAGGUUGCUGCAGUCCCUGAGGACAUUGGAACAGCUGGUGCACUUAGGGCAAUUGCACACCAUUUGACUGCUAAGGACAUUCUGGUAGUGAGUGGCGAUCUUGUUUCUGAUGUUCCUCCUGGAGCAGUUGCAGCUGCUCAUAGACGACAUGAUGCAGUGAUGACUGCAAUGCUUUGUUCUCCUCCUGUAGGUGGACCUUCAGAGUCGGGAUCAUCUGGUGGAAAAGAAAAAACCAAGAAGCGUCAUAAUGUCAUAGGGCUGGACCCCACAAGCCAGUUUUUGUUACAUAUUGCAACAGGUGCUGAAGUUGAGAGAGAUACCCGAAUACAGAAGAGCAUUCUCCGUGCCGUAGGGCAGAUGGAAAUUCGUGCUGAUCUAAUGGAUUGCCAUAUGUAUGCAUUUAAGAGGUCUGUCCUGCAAGAAAUUCUUGACAAGAAGGAUAAAUUUGAAAGCUUAAAACAGGACGUGCUUCCUUAUCUCAUCCGCAGUCAGCUGAAAUCAGAGAUAUUGUUAAAUGGUACAUCACAAGCUGAAGAAAAUGGGAACAAGACUGUUUUCCCCCAAAACAAUCAUGUAAUGAUGUCUCGAAUCCUAGCUAAUGCAUCUACUCCAAGCUUCCAUGAAUUCUACGCAAUGCAUCCUGAUGGUUCUUCUCCAGUUCGGAAAACUCACAAGUGUUGUGUUUAUAUUGCUGACAACAGCAAGUACUGUGCACGCUUAAAUUCUAUCCAAUCGUUCAGUGAUAUUAAUCGAGAUGUUAUAGGUGAGGCAAAUCAUCUUUCUGGGUACUCCUUCUCUGCUCAUAACAACAUCAUCCAUCCUUCAGCAGAGCUAGGAUCAAAAACCACUGUAGGGCCACAUUGCAUGCUGGGAGAAGGUUCGCAAAUGGGUGACAAAUGCAGUGUGAAACGAUCUGUUAUUGGCCGUCACUGCCGGAUAGGCUUCAAUGUAAAGAUUGUUAAUUCAGUUGUAAUGAAUCAUGUUACAAUCGGAGAUGGAUGUUCAAUACAAGGUUCUGUAAUUUGCAGCAAUGUACAGCUUCAGGAGCGUGUUGUACUGAGAGAUUGUCAGAUUGGAGCAAAUUAUGUAGUUGCUGCAGGCAGCGAGUACAAGGGGGAGCCCUUCGCUAGAAAAGAGAGAUGACUGCGAGGAAUUUUUAGCAAGCUGGUAAGAACGAUAAUUUUCAUAAGUUGUCUGAAUCUUUGCAGGAAUUACAUUGUAGGCUAGAGCAAAUUUUUUUGGGUCAAAUUCUGGAUGCAGGGAAGAGUGAUUUACUUGGCUAGAAAGGGCAGUGAGAAAGAAUCCUCCUCUCCGUUUCUAUGAAUUGGUGGAUUUUUUUUAAUUUUUUUUUUUGGAUUUCAGUCUGCCCAGUUUGUUGUCUAUCCUUAGUGAGUACUGAAAGUUGUCAUCAAUUUUGUUGGCAUAAUCAAAAUGCUAGUCUAGUGGUAGAUGGGUAGGAAUUCA